AUGCCCCCUCAUCGUUUGGUGUUCAUGGUCUUUGCUGUGAUGUGGAUAGUGACGGUCACGGAUGCAUAUGUGAUUCCAUACCCCCCUGACACAGCCAUCUCUAAGGAGGACAUGACCAAGUACUAUACUGCGCUGCGACGCUACAUCAAGCUCAUCACACGACAAAGGUAUGGGAAGAGAAGCAGCCCUGAGCUCAUGUUCUUGAGUCUGCUGUUCAGAGAGACACCGGAAAGCAGUCCUUAGACGACAUAUAUGAGGAAUC